ACGACAUGUCGCGCCCAUUGCUUUUCGCUGCAGUGUAACUCAGCUCCAGGCUGCAUUGCAAGAUUACUACUUUCCAGUAUUUUCGUAGCAGAAGUUAUUCAAUUGACUGAACUUCAACCUGCUCGACGCGUAGCUAAAGUCUUUGCCUGAUCACACAAUUGUAGACAUGAGUCUCAAACGCAAAGCUGCUGACGCUGCCACUGACGCGACAAAGAAGCCCAAGCAGAACGGCAGUAUCACAGCCUUCUUUGGCGCGCCAAAGCCAUCGUCAAAUCCGAAAGCCUCUUCAGCUGCAGCUGCAAAAUUCGACAGAGAAUCAUGGGUCGCGAAGCUCACAGAGGAGCAGAAGGACUUGCUUCAGCUGGAGCUUGACACAUUACACGAGAGCUGGCUGCCGCAUCUGAAAGAUGUGCUUGUAAAUCCUCAAUUUCUGGAGCUCAAGAGGUUCUUGAAGAAAGAAAUCAGUAGCGGCAAGACGGUCUUCCCGCCCAUGAAGGACGUGUAUUCCUGGUCACGACACACUCCACUCAACACUGUUAAGGUCGUCAUCACAGGGCAAGACCCGUACCAUGGACCCAACCAGGCCCACGGCCUUUCCUUCUCCGUUCGCCCUCCAACGCCCGCGCCGCCGUCGCUCGCGAACAUCUACAAAGCGUUAAAGAUCGACUACCCUGACUACCGACCACCGCCGAAGAAGGGCGGCCUCUUGACACCAUGGGCAGAUCGAGGUGUCCUGCUACUGAACACUUGCUUGACCGUGCGCAGAGGAGAGGCAAACUCACACCAGGGCAAGGGGUGGGAACUGCUGACGCAGAAGGUCAUCGAUACGGUUGUGAAGGUGCGCAGCAAUGGUGUUGUCUUCAUGGCAUGGGGCUCGCCGGCGCAGAAGAGGACUGUUGGCAUUCCAGUCGACAAGCACUUGAUUUUGAAGAGCGUCCAUCCCAGCCCACUGAGCGCAAUGCGAGGCUUCUUCGAGUGUCACCACUUCACUAAAGCCAAUACUUGGUUGGUGCAGCGCUAUGGCAAGGAUGGCGGUAUCGAUUGGGAUCUCAAUGUAGAUCCGGAAGCUGUCGUCGAGCCUGGCAAGACCGGUCAGCCAGUUGACCCUAAAGAAAACACUGCAUCGAAGAACAGCGCGAGUGCCAAGGAGAAGGACGUAACAGCACAAGACGUCAAGGGUAAAGAGGACGUUGCAAAUGAAAAGACCGCUGACCCUGAAGCGGAUAUUGACUCAGAUGAGGAAGCGGCACUAAGGGAAGCCGGGUUGUGAUCAUGGCGACGUGUCAGACAUAGUCAUCCUGGAUACUUCCUGUCUCUCUGACGUGAUCCCAGGAGCUCUCGAUUGCCCAACACUCCACCCUUAUACUGUCGCACGAAGUUGAUGUCAUGGCUUGGCAUAGU